GUAAUACCCUAAAUCCUAAUCACUAUUGCUAAUUUGAAAUCAAAGCGCCGCUGUACAUUGAUCCAUCCAAAUCUCCUAUCUGAAUUCUAAACCAUUGGCCCCUGCUGCUGCACAUACGGAUUACAAUAAUGGAUGGAAUUCAAAAUUUGGAGAAUACGGAUGAUGAUGUGCAAGUGGUGGAAUCGGUUAAUGCUCCGCCCUCUAAGAGCACUCCACAUCCAGGUACUAGUACUACUUCUAAAAGUACUAAAAAUGCCAGAGAGAAUGAUGAAGAAGUUAGUAAGGGAGCUAAAAAACCUAGGUCUGAAGUGUGGAAUUUCUUUGAUAAGGUCGGCAAAGUAAAUGGGGUAGAAAAAUGUAAAUGCAAACACUGCCAUAAGCUAUUUACUUGUAAAGUUGAGUCUGGAACCACUCAUUUAAGACGUCAUACGGAUAAAUGUUUUAAAACCCCUCAGUAUCAUGAUGUGAGUGCUUUGUUGGAUAAUCAAGCCACAUUAUUGAAGAAAUGGAAAUUUGAUAGUAAGGCAUAUCGAGAUGGAUUGGCUAAAGCUAUUAUUAAGCAUGAUCUUCCAUUCAAUUAUGCUGAAUAUGAUGGGGUAAAUGAGGUGAAUAAGAUUAUUAAUCCAGAAUUCAAGCCUGUUUGUAGAAACACAGCUAGAACUGAUUGUUUGAAAGUAUACCAUUCUGAAAAGGCGAAGCUUAAGUGUUUGUUAGCUUCUCAUAAUGGGUGA